UAAUCACUACUGGAGGUAAUAGCGCUGUUAAUGGCAGACUAUGACCACACUUCACGGGGUUCUCCCCCUUGCGGUGCCCUCCCCGCGAUGUGAGCGUGUGUACGUGCCAGCCGGCAGGCAGUGAUGGCGGACCGUCAGAGUGUCGUUUCCUCCUUCCUGUGAGCUCCGACCGCAAGAGACAGAAACUUAAUAUUAGCUGUUUUUAGAUCACCGUUAUCGGCUGAAGUCGGAAGUGAGGACGCGUUGUGUUUUCGGAACCUCUGUGUGGUGUUUCGUCUUCACCGAGUCACCAACAUGAGGAUGUCAGGGGCAGAGGCAGCAGUGAGCGGGCUGAAGCAAUGCCGGCAGGCCCAGGAUCAGCUGGAGGACGCCAUCAACAAAGUGAUGAAGGCUGAGCAGCAGCUGAAGGAAAACACCAGAGAGGUGCGUGCGGAGCUGCAGAGCUGCGUGAGUCGCCAGCAGGAGGCGCUACGCUGCAGGGAGGUUUGGCUGCUCGGUCAGAUCGAGCUGCUCGAACAGCUGAAGACUGAAACUCUGCAGCAGCAGCUGCACCAGCUGCACUGGCUUCGAGGUCAGUUUGAUGUGAUUGGCCAUCAGCUGCAGAAUUCCAACAGCAGCAACGACCUGAGCAACCAGCUGACCAGCUGCAUGGAGAAGUUGGCUUCUCUCAGUCUAACACCUGAGGAAACACCUGAGAUGAGCUUCCACGCCGACACUCGCUCUCUGAGGCAGGCCAUCACCUCGUUUGGCAGCAUUACAGCUCAGCCUGUGGGGGGGGUGUCCUCUCAGAGCCCCACCCACCAGGCCAGUCAGGCGCAGAGUUGUCCAAUCACUGCCAAGAUGCAGCAGAUGGAGGCCGAAGCUCUGGGCGACUGGUUACUGGGAGCUCCUUCAGCCAGCCGCACUCCUGUUGGUUACCAGUCCAGCAAGAACCCUCAUGACUGGCUCAUGUCUCACAAGGAGAGCAAGACUUCCUGUCCCGUCCUGACCUCGAUGGACUUCCUGCGGGACUGGGGUCAGCUCAGGGACCUGGAGGCGUGGCUCCUCCAGGACGACAUCACCAUCAGCAGGAAGAGGACCAGCAGCAGCUGCAGCUCCUCCUUCUCCAUCGAGAAGAUCGAUGAAUCCGAGUUUGCCGUCUCUCCUGAAGAGGAGGAGGAGGAGGAGGAGGAGGAUGAGCUGAGCGACUGGCUCAUCACCCCACCCACCGCUGCCACGAAGACCAUGACAGAUGCUGAGCGGUGGCGGCAGGUUUUGAAGCCAUUUGAGGACAGCUGGUCGUCCAGUGAUUGGCUGGUGGGAUCGAGCCGCCCCCCCGCCGACUGCUCUGCCUGCUGCCAGACCAGCAAGGCUGUGGAGAUUGAGAACCUGGGCCAGCUCAAGUGCCUGAAGUCCCCGACCACCCCUGCCCUCCCAGUGGCCCCAGCAGCGGCCCUGGAGGCGUGGCUGCAGCAGGUGGUGCCGCUGCAGCAGACCUGCAGGGCCAACGAGGUCUGCUCCACCUACUCUGACUGCAUCUGCGAGGAGAACUGUGGGAGAGAAGCUCUGAGCCUCUGGCUGCUCCGACAGGACGGACGAGACAAGAACGGAGUCCCUGUAGCCAAGAACACCCCGCCCACCGACAAAAACACCCCGCCCACUGCCAAGAACGCCCCUCCCCCCCACAGAGAGCAGGAACAGAAGGUUCAGGCCAUCCUGGAGGCCUGGCUCCACCCCAACAACACACCCUUCUCCUGCAAGACUCCUUUGCAGGCUCUCAGCUCCUCCCUUUCCGACUGGGUGGCUCCUGGGGAGGAGCACAGAUCCCAGUUCAAGCCUUUCUCCUCCGCCUUCUCCUCCUCUCUGUUCCAGCGCCCUCUGGAUCCAGAGCUCUGGGUCCUUCCAGGCCAGACGUCCCCUCCUGCUCAGGGGUCAGGAGCUCAGCCUUCAGCAGAGGAGGACAAAUGGUUGCUGAAGAAGAGGAGUCAGGCUCAGGAGCGCUUGGCGUUGUCCACUGUCUGUGAUCUGUUCUCCUGUAUGAAGGUGUACGGAGACAAAGAAAAAUGGCUGCACAAGACCCCCGAACAGAUGUGACGAUGACGGUGAUUGAUGUGUUGUCGUCUUCUUCUUCUCUUUUCUGGGAGUCACUUUAUCGCUGAUCAGCGCACAUGAUUACAACAAUCUAACUAUCACCGGCGCCUUCCUCCUGUGACAUCACCGGGCUCUCCUCCAAUCAGGAUCAAGAACCCAUUGAUCAAUACCCUGAACUGUAAAAAAAAAAAAACAACAACAAUUCUGUUGGGCUUUCAUCUGUGUCUCACGGUCUUCAUCUGAGUUGUCAUGACGACGGUGAUGCAGUUUAGAGCUCAGGAGAAGUUGGAUCUUUAGCGUCAAAUUGAAGAUUUCAGCAGAAACAAACAGAAAUUAGAUGAAUUUAUUUUUUUCAAGCAGAAAAAUCAAACUGUCCCUGAUCAGAACGUCUUCAUUUAAGGUCCUACUGAUUUAUUUUGUCUUAUGAAACUUUCAAUUGGACUUGAGUGUUGUCAUCAUCUGACAUGUUCACAAAGAAACUAUUGAUCGAUUUUUGUGGAGACAAUAAUUUGCAGAUGAAUCAAUGUACAUUAUUGUGGCGGCCCAGUUCCCAGGAUGCAUUUCUUCAGCUGAUCCUGACAGGAGGGGGGCGGAGUCUGAGGGGACAGGGUAGAGAACAGUAGCAGAGUUAAAGAUAUAAACCAGCCUUUAUUUUAAUUGAGCUUAUUUUAACAAAGCUGUUUUCAUGAUUUAAUUUCUUCAUUUAACAGAAUCUGCCAUUUGGUGGAAUAUUCCUUUUAUUGUUUUGGAUUUUCCUGUGGAACUGUUGCACUACACAGGUCUACUUCCUGUGCCGACUGCAGGCUGCUUGCAUCACUUCUUGAGAUCUGUGAGGAAACUCCUGCCUUCUAAUGUGAGGCUUGGUGGUGCUCAUCACGUGUCAUCAGUCACCUGAAAGACUCAGUUUAGGGCAGAAACAGAUUUGUUAAAUAUAAACAAUCAAAAGGUGAAACAACUUUGUUUCCCAGAAUGCCUUAGGUGGAAGCAGCCAGCAGUCUGUUAGCAGGUGGGCCACCUGACUCUGCAGUCAGCAGUGAUUGGUGCUUUUUAUUGAAGCUUUGGGUGUUUUUUGGGGGUGGGGUUGGACGGCUUCACAUUGAGCUGCGAUGUCAUCAUUUCUCUUUUCCUGCUGUGAUUCUCUACAGUAAUAAAAACAUGCUGACAUCA